AUGGCUCCACAGGUAUUUGAUGCCUUACAAGGCUUGUGCACACCGCGCGAGCGCGAGUCGUCACAGGUUUGGGCCGAAUCCCCGGCCCUACCAGCUUGGCGGCCGGAACUCAACCAUUGGCCACAGUCAGUGGCUGCAUGGCAAGCUUCCUGCGAGGGUUUGCCAUGUGGCAGGGCCUUGGCAGCAGAAGACAUGGAAGAGAUUGAUCGCUUUCUCAAGGGUUUGGAAGCACCUGGCUCAGCAUCAGCGUCCACAUCCAGUUCUAGAGGCGAAGUCCGAAAUCCAGGUGAGCCCCACAAUCCGGAUGAAGAGCGCUCGGAGUGGGCACAGGCACCCGACGAACCGAUGGAGCACUGCAGCUCUUGCGGACGCUCCUUCUGGGCCAGCAGAAUUGAGGUACAUGAAGCCGUGUGCACAGCCAAGCGCCCACAGGUUCGGCGAGUCUUCGAAUCCCAGCGGCAGCGGCUCCGGGGCCUACCGGGCGUGCGGAAUGAGGCCAAAAUGAGCUCGGCAGUGAGCAGAUCAACUCCGAAGCCAAAAGAGGAAAAGGCUACAGAGAAGAAGACUCCAAAGGCCUUGCCAAUGCGGCCCAGGUCUAGCAGAGCUACUCCGAACCGUGUGGGGAAAGCACAAGAUCAGGCCGAGCGUGCGCAGCACGAGCGCCGCACAUCUCGCGAAGCUUCGCUGGUGACCCCCGUCAAAGUUGCGAGGUCGUCGAAGCUUGGAAAGGCAUCCAGUCCCGCUGCCAUAGCUUCGAAAGCAAUGCACCCAAUGAGCGGUUCAGGUCGAGAGAAAGAGCUUGACACCCCGCCAAGGCUACAGAAAGAGAAGUCGGUGAAGAGAUCCGAGAGGCCUUUCAAGGAGCUGCCCGAGGUCCGGUGGCCGCCAGAAGCGUCAGAGUCUUUGGAGGAUGCAAAGCCUCAAGCUGGCUCUGCACACUCAUCUGUUGAUGCCAGCAAGGUGAUUUCGAAGUUACGGUCAUGGGCAUUUUCCUCUGAGGAGUCGCUUCCAGCGCGCGCUGAAUUUACGUGGACAGCCGCCAGUCCUGUGAAUGAGUUUGCGGAACUGCACAAGAAACUCUUUCAGUCGGUGGAGUCGCUGGCAGACUCCCAGGUAACACCUUCGGUGGUGGAGAUUCCCUUGGAGCCACAGGAGGAGACACCUUCGGAGGCAGUGGAAAUGCCACUGGAGCCACAGGAGGCGCUCUUCUCGAAAGAGGAGUCCGAACCAUGGGCCUCCGAGGAGUCACUAGCAACUGAACUCUUCAAUGAUUGGAUGCAGUCCAGCAGCCGCAAUCGCUUGGCGCUGGUCUCGGAGGCUGCAGCACUUUGCGCUGAGGUGGAUGCCAUGUUAGGUGUGCAGUCAGAGAGUCCCGACGAGAGCAGCCCAUCAGCUAGCUGGACAAAGGUGACUGAGACAGAGGAGCCCAAAGAGUCUCUUGAAGAAGGUCUUGAGGUUCAUCUCCAUGAGUUUCCGCCGUAUGACCCAAGUAAAUACUAUGAAGAUGAUGCCGAUGAGCCUUCAGAGCUGCAGAGCUGGUUAAAGAAGUGCGCCAAACAGAUCCAGCAACGCCGGAAUGAGAUGGAGCAGCGUUGA